CAGCGCGUGCCUAGACUCAGAUUUUUCAUCUAAAAAGUAAACCAAAGAGGAACAGGAACAGGGAAGAACAAAAAGAAACGGACGCAGUUAAGAUUCCCGUGGAGCAAAUGGCCGCGGCCACCAACAGUGAUUCCUCCAGCGGCGUGGAUUCUGUGGAUUCCAAGGAGGAGGUGGAAAUGUCGCCUGCACCAUCGUCCAUGGCCAUUGUUAGGUCCAGCCCAAUGCCGAUGCCUGCGAGCGGAAGUGCCUCGAAGGGAAUAAUGAUCACACCGCCGCCGCAGGUGAUGCCCCCUACGCCCACCUCCUCGCCCAAUACGCACGGCGAAUGGCCGCACAUGCAACUCAACCUAAACCUGAACCUGAACUCAAACUCCAGCACCAACGCAUUCCAGCUGAGUAGAGACCGGGGCGAGCACUUUGCGUUGCCGCAUCUGCCGCCCCUGCCCCUUAACCAGAACUCAUCCAACUCCAACAGCGAGUAUCUGCCCAGUCUAAUCCAUCCGAGCACGCUACCCUCCGGCAGCAAGAGCUUUAAGAUGCGCCCCCGGAUGCAACGGAUGAAGCAUUAUUGCACUUACAGCAACAUCCUCACCCAGUCAAAUGGCCGCAAACUACGCACCGCCGCCUCCACCUGCAACAUCGAGCUGCUCAAUCGGAUCCUGGAGUCCGGAGCCAAUCCCAAUGCCGCCGAUGAGUACAAUCGCAGUCCGCUGCACCUUGCCGCUUGCCGCGGCUACAUACCUAUUGUCCAGCAGUUGCUCAAGUAUGGAGCCAACCCCAAUGUGGUUGAUUCUCUGGGGAAUACGCCACUUCACCUGGCCGUGAUUUCGGCCAGCUCCAACAAUUUUAAUGUGGUGGUGGGAGUGCUUCUGCAAGGCGGCGCCAGUGUCCAUAUGUACGACCGCAGCAACAAAUCCCCACUGGAGCUGGCCGAAGCAAAGCUGAGACUGCUGCGCAACAGAUACGAUCAUCCCACACCGGAGACGGCCAAGAUUCUGGAGGACAUGUGUAUGCUUACCACGUUGAUUUUGCGUUAUAUGGUGAAACAGCAGCGCGAGCUGGAGGACCUGUCAGCGUUGGAAAAGCGCCUGCAGAACCUAAGCACCAGCGACCACCAGGAGGAGGUAGUCUCCCAGACCGCCGACGAGCUGCUUGCCAGCGUCGAAAGGUUGUCCAUUAAUAACAAGUAGAUAAGGAGCGAACGAACGCCAAAGGAACCCAACCAUAAAAAGGAUACAGACUUGAUAGCGUUCGAUGAGUUGAGAAAAGUUUGUUUAUCGUUUCCUAGUUUGGCUGCCGUUGAGCUGGAGUUGGCAUCGUGAAGGAAGCGGCCGGGUAAGCCGGAUCACUAGGUUGAGAUCCUGUCGUGGCUGCUGGAAGCGACCAACGCUCUCAAACACACAAGCACACACGACACACACACACCCACAACAACAACAACCACAACACAUUGUUUCAAGCGAUCUUUUUUAUUAAGUAUUUCAUUUAAGUUUCAUUGUUUAUGCAAAACAAACAUAAUUACAUUUUAAGCUUUACGUUUAGCGCGCCAAAACAAAAUCAAUUAUUGUAAUAAAGAUUCAAUCGCAACUCAAGUGAACACCUAACAAACUGCUAAAUUACAUUUAAUUAAAUGACUAUAAAUGGAAAUCGUUAAGUGUCUAUUGUAUACUAUAACAAAAUCAUAUGCGUGUAAACAUACACUGAACAAUAAACGAAAAUUCAAACGGCCAUUGACUUAACCCAA